AUGAUGUCUAAGUUUGAAGGGUUUGUUCCGAUACACACCCUCUUCUACACCAUAUUUCACCCCACAGAGGGCUCAAAGGUGUGUUACCAGUUUCCUCCGGGCAAUUUACAGCAUUAUGACAUCAAUUUCGAUGCGAUAAAGAACUACAUCAUACCGAAACCACAGUUAUGCCAUAGACUGCUAACGAUGAAGUAUGGUAACUAUCGAAUUGUAUCAUACCCAGUAGCGGUCCAAUCGUCGUCCUAUGCAAGAAACUAUUUCCGCUUCAACUUUGUCUUUGUUUUCCCUUACGAGUGCGCUACCUCCCCAUACGAGCCCGCGAUAACCAGGCUAGGUAAAAUGUUUAGGGUUCUUGAAGAACAAAGUCAGGUUCUCUCGAGAGCGGAAAGGGACGACUCCCUUUUCAAAGGAGACAAAUUGCCCUUCGAUAACAACUCAGCGAAGAACCAAGCACCGUUGACUCAUGCACUGAUUUCUAAGACAAAAUCCUUCUCGCCUGACAAAAAAACAGAGGGGGACAUCCAUCUCAUAUCCGUACAAGACUUGAUAAUGCGGAUAUACCAAGACUUAAACAACUACUCUGAAUGUCUCAUUCCAAUCGACGAAGGGAAUGCGAUAGAUAUCAAGAUAUUCCCACUGAUAAAUCCGCCAACUUCCGUGCAUUUAUCCAUAGAAGACGUACCCAUGUUGGUAGUCAAGCUGAAAAAGAUAAUAGACCUAAAUUGGGACCCUACAAUGGUCAGUAUACUGCCGUUCAUAAAUGGGGUUAAUAGUAUAUUGAACAUAGCAAGACUUAGCGACAGUGAUCCAGAACUAGUCAUUGAAUGCAUCAAACAUCUCAUUUAUUACAAAUGCGUUAUAAUAACGGACAUUUUCCAGUUUUCAAACAUUUAUGCGCCGUCAAGCUUGAUAAAUGAGUUCCUGACAGACCCUACCAUGGCUUAUGAUUGCCAAGAAUACGUCACUCUGCCUAAAAGCUCGCGGCUAAUACACAUGCCUUUACAAACAAGUGUUCCCGGUUCAAGGAAUAAUAAACAUAAAAAAUCGAACUCCUUGUCGUCUACUGGUGUUUUGUCUUGGCAAUCCAAUAGUCAAUAUUCCAACAACUCAUCAGAGUUCUAUUCUAUGUCAAACAAAAAAAGGUCUGAGAGCUCACUUUCGAGUGAGGGGACACCGGGGGCGGGGAGGUCAGAUGAUCAUACCAUUUAUUACCCAACCCGGAUGGUACUUUUUGACCUAUACAGAUCCUUAUCGCAAGGAAUCACACUAGAGAAAUGGUACACGACCAACUUUACUACAAUAAGGUCCAACUACAUUGAUGUACGGAAAUUCAUUCAAUUUGGUACCAUAAAAAAGAUCAUCUACCGCGUUCUGUCGUACCCCGUUUUAGAGAAAAGGAGAAAUUCGAUUAUAGCAAAACAGAUGGGUAAAUCUAAGAUGGCAGAGAAAGCUCCACAUUCUAAAAACGCUUUUUUUUCAACAUCAGACAUCAAAUUUGAUGACGGAGACAGGCUUUUCAACUCACUUUACGCAAGAUUCUCAAAGGUUUCAUUUGAAAAGAGAAGGGAGAACGCCAGAGAAAGGAAAUCGUUUGACGCCGUAGGUGGGACAAACGGUGCCGAUAAGGAAACCAUGAUUUUAACCAAGGAAGAAAAACUUCAGCUGUUAGGGGCUCUCGAUAAUCUAGAGUCAUUUGACAAGAUUUGCGUUCAAUUGGGCAGGUCCCGGGUUGAAAUUGCUAAUCUCAUUGCUGAUAUAGGAGAAUAUAGAGUGAUAAACUGUUAA